AUGGUUUCACGGUCUCUGAUUCUGAUGGCAAUGCUCUUCUUCGCAGUGGCUGCCACGGGGGCGGUGCUGGACCUGGACGACUUGAAGCUGCUGGAGCAGUUCAAGGCGGCCGUGCCAAACGUCACGGCACUCACUGGCUGGAACAGCAGCCGCGGUGCUUGUAGCUUCCCCGGUGUCCAGUGCAAGAACGACAGGGUCACGUCAGUGUCCCUCGCUGGUGUCAUGCUCAACACCAAUUUUAGUGCUGUGGCAAGUACCCUGCUGCAGCUGAGGAGCGUGGAGUCGAUAACAAUCCGUGAUGCCAACAUUUUUGGCGUGCUGAGGGUGGUGGAGUGCGGGGAGAAGUUGUCUUUGAUAGCGCUGAUAGAACCUCUAGAUGUUGAUCUAGUGGGUAAAUUCUUGGUUUAG